AUGGAAAGUGAUUGGAAAAAAUUUUGCCUCGAGAAAGCUUCUGGAUUCCGUCCAACAAUAGAUAGGCCUUUUUUUAAUAUUUAUUUGUGGGAGCAUUUUAACCGUGCGGUUGGGUGGGCCACUGCAGGUCGCUUCCAACCAAAGGAUUUUGAGUUUGCCGUUGGGAAGCAGCCUCUGAGUGAACCUCGUCCAGUACUUCUUUUCAUUGCUAUGUAUUAUGUGAUUAUAUUUGGCGGGAGGUCCUUGGUAAAGUCAUGUAAACCUCUCAAGUUGACAUUUAUUUCUCAAGUUCACAACUUGAUGUUGACAUCUGUUUCCUUUUUAUGGUUGGUGUUGAUGAUGGAGCAAAUGUUUCCCAUAGUGUAUCGCCAUGGGUUGUAUUUUGCGGUUUGUAAUGUUAAAUCCUGGACGCAGCCUAUGGAGACAUUAUACUAUUUCAACUAUAUGACAAAGUUUGUAGAGUUCGCAGACACUGUUUUGAUGGUGUUGAAACACAGGAGGUUGACUUUCCUACAUACAUACCACCACGGUGCUACAGCUUUGCUGUGCUACAAUCAAUUGGUUGGUUACACAGCAGUUACAUGGGUCCCUGUCACCCUGAACUUGGCUGUUCAUGUCCUUAUGUAUUGGUAUUAUUUCCUUUCUGCUAGCGGAAUUCGUGUUUGGUGGAAAGCCUGGGUGACAAGACUGCAAAUUGUACAAUUCAUGCUUGAUCUCAUUGUCGUUUAUUACGUGCUUUAUCGGAAGAUCGUUGCUGCCUAUUUCAAAAACUCUUGUCUUCCACACUGCGAGGAUUGUUUAGGUUCGAUGACAGCUAUCGCUGCUGGUGCAGCCAUUCUUACAUCCUACUUGUUUUUGUUCAUCUCUUUCUAUAUUGAGGUUUACAAACGUGGUAGUGCUAGUGGUAAGAAGAGGAUCAACAAAAACAACUAA